AUGGCGACUGGAUAUUCACAGGAAAAAAAGAGCUGGGAGGAGAUCACAAAGGAGCUCUGGAGUGGAGACUGGCCCUGUGACACAUUUGAAGAACUCACUCUGGAAGAAAAAACACGAGAGUGCGCAGAAAGAUCUUCAUUUGAAAUGAAAAUAGGCCAGGAAGUAUCUCAUGAAGACAAGCAGGAGAACAAGUCUGAAAUUCUAGUAAUCAAUCAUCUGGAAGUGUUCAGCCAAGGUGUGGUCCAUGCAUCUCAAAGGCUGAAAAACUGUAUUGGAUUUGUAGAUCCUCAGAGCAAUGUCCAAUCUGCCUCUGCCACACACACACACACACACACACAGAACAAGAUCUUUUUGAUCAACUUCAUCAGCCUCUGUGUUGAAAAGGGAGUGGAGGAGCAUAUCAGUACAACCAGCAAAAUGACCAAGCAGCAAGCCUCGCUGUUUGGGGUGGUUUGGAUCUGGACUGACAAGCAAAUCAAACUUCAGCUUGCUGUGCUGCCCUUACAGACGGCUGAGCUUUUCCAUGAAAGUGGACUGGUUGCCGUGUUUCAUGAGGGCGGCAGGGAAGCCAUGCUGGCAGAUGAACUUUUCCAAAACAAAAGCAGAUUUGAGAGGCUGGCUGAGUUCUGCCACCUGUUGGUGUUCUGCCUGGGCUUGUUCAUCGUGUUUGGUGUGCCAGGAAACCCUAAGGACAUCCACAAUAUGCUAGACAGCACUGCCAAGAAGCAAAAGUGGUGCCUGUCAGGCAAGAAUGCUCUAAGGCAAUUUUUCACGAGUACUCACAGCUUCCUGCCCACAAGAGACAUGCUAGAAAAUGGCCUCUGCAAAAAAAAAAAAAAAAUGGACUGCAUGAGGCAGACAAUGAUGUGUAUAUAA